AUGACAGAAACAACAAGCAAAAGAACAGUUUUAGUUACUGGUGGAUCAGGACUUGUUGGUAAAGGUAUUGAAAAAUAUGUAAAGGAAACCGAUAAGAGUAAUGAUGUUUGGGUUUUUAUGAGAUCUUCAGAUUGCGAUUUAAAAAGUAGAGAAUCAACCAGAAGUUAUUUUGAAAAAAUUAAACCAACUCAUGUUAUUCAUUUAGCUGCUCGUGUUGGUGGUUUAUUCAGUAACAUGAAAUAUAAAGUAGAAUUCUUUAGAGAAAAUAUUGAUAUCAACGAUAAUGUUUUAGCAUGUUGUAAAGAAUUUAAUGUUGUUAAAUGUGUUUCAUGUUUAUCAACUUGUAUUUUCCCAGAUAAGACAACAUAUCCAAUUGAUGAAACUAUGAUUCAUAAUGGACCACCACAUCCAUCAAAUGAAGGUUAUGCAUAUGCAAAGAGAAUGAUUGAUGUUUUAAAUAGAGCAUACAAUGAAGAAUAUGGUUGUAAAUUUACAAGUGUAAUUCCAACAAAUAUCUAUGGUCCACAUGAUAAUUAUCAUUUAACUGAUGGUCAUGUUAUUCCAGGUUUAAUUCAUAAAACUUAUUUAGCAAUGAAAAAUAAUCAAGAUUUAACAAUUAUGGGUACUGGUAAACCAUUACGUCAAUUUAUUUAUUCAUAUGAUCUUGCAAAAUAUUUUGUAUGGACAUUAAAUAACUAUGAAGAGAUGUCACCAUUAAUUUUAUCAGUUGGUGAAGAGGAUGAAAUUUCAAUUGCAGAUGUUGCACGUUUAAUCACUGAAGCUAUGGAAUUCAAAGGUAAAUUAAUUUUUGAUACAAGUAAAGCUGAUGGUCAAUAUAAAAAAACUGCUUCAAAUUUAAAAUUAAAAUCACUUGUUCCAGAUUUAACUUUUACACCAAUUCAACAAGCAAUCAAAGAAUCUUGUCAAUGGUUUAUUGAUAAUUAUGAAACUGCAAGAAAAUAA